UAAACUGCUUAAUUUGAAUCAUGGUGGUGGAAGAAUUAUGGUAGUUUUUUCCACCACGAUUCUUCCAUCUGAUUCGAAUGGACUAUACCUUAACCGUGACAGGUUUCGCGCGUUAUAUAACUAGAAAUGUUGAGGUCACGUGGAACAAUGGGAAGUAUUUCAAAGUAAAAGCUUAGACUGAAGAGACAUGAAGCUUGUGUAGUUGUCGACAGUCUGACGAUUAAACGGUGACUAUAAGCGAGCAAUUAAAAUAAUUUUACGAUGAUGCUGGACGAACGCUCACAGAGAGAAUUAUUAAAGGCAAUUGGUGCAUGCGAAAAGAUGAAAUGAUGAAAGCUUCCUGCAGUUCUCUCUGAACAUAUUCUUCUUCUACAAUUUUAUUGAUAAACGUGAAAUGCAGUUCUUCGAAGGACGGAAUUAUAGGAUCAAUAAAAUCCUCCUGUCGUGUGUUGGACAAUGGCCAUAUCAAACGAACAGAAGUAGUAAUGCUAUUAUUAUCAUUAUAGUGUCUUUAGCUGGCACGCAAUUUAUCGCCAAGAUAUGUGGUUUAUUCUCCAUUGAUAACAUUGAUUUGUUCAUCGAUUCUCUUUCACCAUUGGUAGUCGAUAUAGGAUGUGGAGUAAAAUUAAUCACUUGCAUAUUAAAAGCAACAGAGAUAAGGGCACUUUUUGACCAAAUACAAUACGAUUGGCAACUAUUAAUAACAUCUUCUCAAAUCAAGAUACUUAAUAAUUACGCACAAAAUGGACGAACAUUUACGAUUAUAUACGCGAGUGCUUUUUAUUCUGCAUUGGUGUUAUUUAUGUUAGUACCAUUGCAAUCAUUGUUACUGGGUUCUUCUUCAAAUGAUACAACUCGAUUAUUAUUACAUCAAGUUGAGUAUUAUAUCGAUAUGGAAAAAUACUACUUGCCAAUCUUAAUUCACGGAUACGUUACCGCUGUCAUUUGUGUAAGCAUAGCCAUCGCAGCAGAUACAAUGUAUGUAAUAGUAGUACAGCAUGUUUGCGGACUAUUUAUGAUUAUUGGGCAACAACUGGAAAAUAUAGUAAAAGAGGAUAAUCUAGAAAUAAAUUUUAAUCCAUCUAUAAGAGAGGAUAAGCCGUAUAAAAAUAUUGUAAGCAGCAUUCAUGCACACAAAAGAGCUUUAAGAUAA